AUGGCUCAAAAAUUGUGUAUGGUGAUGAUGAUGGUGAUGGUGUUGGUAACAGUGGAAUGUGCUACUAUUAAUGAAGCAAUAAAAGACUACGGAGAUUGCAUUAACGAUUGCGUUAGAAAGUGCGGCACAGAUGAGCAUUGCCAAUAUCGUUGUAGAUGGAAGUGCUACACACCACAGGUUAUGCAAAAGGAUGAAGUAAUAUUUCCACAACAAGGUAGAAAUGCUAUCUGCUACAGAAACUGUCGCAUCAAAUGUGGCAAUGACGAAGCUUGCAUGCACGAUUGUUUGGAGAAGUGCCCCCAGUAG